CGACAAGCUUCAACAGAACCGCGCAGGUUGACAAGUCGUGGUACAACCUCUCAUCAUGAUAACGCAGUAGGACUCCUCUUUGCCCCGGACCUUGGACGACGAGAUGUGGCUCGAUCGACUGACUACAGGUUCCGGCACUCCCAGCGGCUCUAUCACUCCCUCCAGACCGUAUUCUCCCUCUCCGCGCAAGAACUCCCACCUCGGUCCUCUCCAACGCAGUGGUCUCGGGCUCUCCACAAACAGAUCCAAUUCGUCACUUGACUUGAGUGCCAACACAUCUUCUUCGUCACUGGCACUGCCUCCAAGACCAACAAAUGGCUCAACAUUACGGUUCGAGCAGAAGCCGCCGCCAGAUGUGGCCGACCCCGUGAAGGUUUUGCGCGGGAUACUAGGACAGACGGGAGACAAAGGGGAUGCGGUCCCAUCCAGCAAGGCAGGCCCUUCUGGGAUAAGUACAAUUGACUUUGGAGGUCUGAGUCUGCAAGAAUUCGUCGAUCAAGAGACCCUCCCACAAAUCCGAGCCACAGAUCAUACAAUAGACAUCUCGGCCAAGCAAAACAGACAGAAAUAUAAAGAUUUCCAUGCGUCUAUAGCAGAAUGUGAUGAAGUGCUCAAGACAGUCGAAACGUACUUGACCAACUUCAAGGCAGAAUUAGGCCAAGUAUCUGCGGAAAUCGAAAAUCUCCAGGCUCGUUCUAUUCAGUUGAAUGCUAAGCUUGACAAUCGUCGUAACGUGGAACGACUUCUCGGUCCUGCAGUCGAAGAUGUCAGCCUGUCACCCUAUACCGUGAGGGCCAUCGCCGAGGGCCCCAUUGACGAAACCUUCCUGAAAGCACUCAACGAGAUAGAAGCUCGAUCUGCCAUCGUCGCGGCCAAGGAGAAGAAGUCGGAACAGGUCAAAGCUCUCCAAGACCUCAAACCGAUAUUGGACGACCUUAAAGCCAAAGCGAUCGAACGAAUACGAGACUACAUAGUUGGUCAGAUCAAAGCUCUCAGAUCACCCAACAUCAAUGCCCAAGUCAUCCAACAACAAACGUUCCUGAGGUAUAAAGACCUAUACGCCUUUCUCUCUCGUGCACACCCUACACUGGCCGAAGAGAUUGCGCAAGCAUAUGUCAACACCAUGAGAUGGUACUAUAGCAGCAACUUCACCCGGUAUCAACAAGCACUCACGUCCCUCCAACUGCACACAUUCGAUCAGUAUGACCUCCUCGGGUCCGAACCUGCUCCUGCACGACGAGCUGUCCUCAGUGCCUCAAGCAAGGGUGGUCAUGCACAACACGACGCGUUUGGGCUAGGCCGGCGGGAAGAUGUGCUCAAAUCGAAGAACGACACGGCAUUACCAGCGUACCUCGUCGAGGACAGCAAGUCCACGCAUUACCUUGAAACGCCCUUUCGCAACUUCAAUCAAGCUCUCACCGACAACGUGUCGGCCGAAUACUCGGUGGUCACCGAGCUGUUCUCGACGAGCACAUUCCAGCAGCUAUCGCGUCGGGUAUCGGAGAUCUUCGAACCGACAUUCACCAUGGGUCAUAACCUCACCAAACAACUUGUCGAAGACACCAACGACUGUCUCGGGAUUUUACUGUGCGUGCGACUCAAUCAGCAUUUCGCAUUCGAAUUACAGCGACGGAAGAUCCCCGUCGCCGAUUCGUACAUCAACUACACCAACAUCCUCCUCUGGCCUCGGUUCCAAAAGGUUAUGGACCUCCAUCUCGAGUCCCUCAAAAGGGUUUCUCUACCGUCCACCCGGGGAGGCGCCAGUGCAGCGUUCUCGCUUGUCGGUGGCGGUGGCGGCGGGUCAGACGCGUCCAAGUCGUCACUCGCUCCGCACGCCAUCACCCAACGCUUCGGCCAAUUCUUGCAUGGUAUUCUCACGCUCAGCGCCGAGGCUGGGGACGACGAACCCGUCGCCAACAGUCUGGGUCGGUUACGGUCAGAGUACGAGACGCUCAUGGGGAGAUUGGCCAAGGGCGCAGGCGACACGAACAAACGGUCGAGGUACUUGUACAACAAUUACAGUCUUGUCUUGACCAUCAUCAGCGACACCAAGGGAAAAUUGGCCGAUGAACAAAAGGAACACUAUGGUGGGUUGGUGAGGGAUAUGAAAGGGAGGUAGAUUGAAUACCUUUUUUUUGUCCAAAGGAGAGAGACCUAGGACUCUUAGGUUGAUAUAGGUAGCCUGUACGGAUAAUGAUGAUGUUAAAUCAUAUCAUUCUUGACAAAAGU